UUCUCAUAUUUCUCUGGUCUCUUGGAGACUUGGAGUCUUCUUCUUCUUCUGGUGUCGUCCCCAAUCCUCAUUCUCUGUAGUUGUCAUCUUCUUCACUUUGACGGAUCUGAGGGUCAUGACUCUCAAGAUCUAUAGAUCUAAGACUGAUCAACCUUUAGAUGCAUAAUUCAUCACCGGAUUUUGAUUUCUUCUCGCAAGCCUCUAAAUCCCGAUCGUUCACAAACAGACAAGUCGUAGCUAGUAGCCGAGGAGAUGGCCACGCUUAAGGAGUACACAGCCGAGGAGAUCGUAUUGGCUACUGAUAAUUUUUCUUGGCGUUUGAGAUCAGAGUCUGUAGGAAUUUGGGGCAGUGUUUAUAAAGGCUAUGUUGACAAUGAAGCAGUUUCCGUCAAAUUCCUCGCCUCCCCCGAAGAACGUGGUCUUACAUCUAGGGUUAAGUCCCUCGGACUAACUAGACACCGUAACCUUCUUUCAAUGUUGGGCUUCUGCUCAGAGCUCAACUGCUUUGUCUAUGAACAUGUAGAGUAUAGUCGCGUGCUGCACGAGGUCGUCAAGCAAAACCUUCAUUGGCACGAUCGCAUUCGUAUUGCCAGUCAAAUUUGCUCGGCCUUGUCCUACAUUAUUAACAGGGCUAGGGGUGAACGUAUUAUUCCUGACUAUCUCAAUGCAUCCAACGUUCUUAUUGAUCCAAAUCUUAAUGCCAAAAUCAAUGUUGUGCUGAAAAUAUGCGACAAGCCGGAUUUUGCAUGGGAUGUAAAGACCUUUGGCUAUCUGGUUCUGAAUCUCUUAACUGGCAUUCCCGGAAAUUGUUUUUCUUACUGUUAUGUUAGAUGGUUUGUUGGUUUGCCCCACGGUUUGGACAAGACGGCAGGUCAAUGGCCUAUGGAUUUGGCUGAGAAAUUGAUGAAUGUGUGCCGACGCUGUGUAGACUGUAAUCCUAGAGAUGAUUUUAGGAAAAAGUACAUUAUGGUGGUAAUAGUGAAAGAGAUGAAAGAUGUUAAGGAAAAGGCUGAUGAAAUUGUCAGAGGAUGUUCAGGAACAAAUGAUCUAGUUACCAGUGGUAGAGAUCAGGACUCUGAUAUUCCAACACAAUUCUACUGCCCCAUAUAUAAGGAAGUAAUGAAAGAUCCACAUGUGGCUGCUGAUGGAUUUUCCUAUGAGCGAGAAGGCAUAGAGAAAUGGUUCCAAACCGGGCACGACACAUCACCAAUGACCAAUUUGAAGCUCAAGAAUAAAAUUCUUACCCCUAAUGGUACCCUUAAGCUUCUGAUCAAAGACUGGUAUCGUGAAAGAUCAAUUCCUUAUCCAAAUCCAUAAUUUCUUUUUAAUUGAAGUAAUUGGAACUAAAAAGGCUAUUACUUGGUCGGUCUGAUACUUCUUGAGCUUUUAUCUGGUAUUUUUGUUGGUUGGACUUCCAAUUGUUAAUAGUACUUGAUUAUCUUGUAUCGACUUUCGAAUCAAGGAUGAAUUAAUUUCAGUGGUAUUUGCUCA